AUGACUAGACCUACAAUUAUCGGGAAUCGAGGUUAUCGAGGCCAGUACCCAGAGAAUACCUUGGUUGCGUUUGAACAAGCUUUGGAAGCCGGGGUAGAUGUCAUUUUGACAGACCUUCAAAUGUCCAAAGACGGAGUGGUCGUUAUCAAUCAUGACCAGACAACACAACGAUGUUGGGAUGGGGACUACAAUAUUGGGGAGACUGAAUGGAGUAUGCUGAAGACGCUGCGCAGCAAAAAGCUUGACUUCCCAGAUUUGAGAAUGCUGACGCUCAUAGACGUAUUGAAGUGGGUGGUAGACCAUCCAGAGGUAAAACUGAUGCUGGACAUCAAGUACACCAACGAUCAAGAAAUUAUGCUCAAAAGUGUUGCUGCAAUGCUGAGCGUUUUAGAGAGUCUGCCGUUUUGGCGAAAACAUAUAAUAUGGGGGUUGUGGGGAGUGGAUUGGUUCCAAUACGGUAUGGAAACCGGUGUUGUCAAGGAUUUUGAGGUAGUCUGCACCACGUUAUCGCUGGAGAUGGCCAAGCGGUUCGUGGAGUUCUCCAGGAAUAUCAACAACCCGCAUUUUCGUCUCAGCGCUGUAAACGUGCAUUUCGUUUCCACCUGGACUUCAGCAUUCCAAAACGACAUGAUACCGUAUCUUCGUGAAAACAAGGUACAGACCUACGUAUGGACCGUGAACAGAGCCGAAGACUUUAAACAGUGUACUGCGCUCCCGAUUACAGGGUUUGUCACUGAUCACCCAGACGAAGCGUUGGAAACGGUCUCAAAACUACAAGCCGAAGAAGAAGCCACGUUUAAACGCCCUUUUCUUCUCUCCAGGGAAGGUGCCAGGUUCUAUGCAUUUCUGCUCAUUUAUGACUUCAUAGACAGAUUCUUUUUCUCUUCUUGGGCUCAACACAAAUUUGCAGGAAUCUCGUUCUCCAUGCUGGUUGUUAAAGUGUUGAAAACUGCACAUCUCAUAUGA